GGCACCAACAUGGCAAACAAUUCACUGAACCUUCUUCGCUCGCGAUACGCAUCCUCACUAAAAGAAUUCAUAUCCUCACCACGAACAUUCGAAGUCCUAGACCGCGUCCCCACCGAAUCCCACGAACGACGACCAGCCCAAAACGCGCAUUCCUUAUUCAUCCUAGACUCCUCCUUCAACCCUCCCACGGCAGCACAUUUGGAAAUCGCAUCGACCGCACUGGAAGGAUCCCCUCAAUCAUCAAGAUUGUUAUUACUGCUUGCGACACAAAAUGCCGAUAAACCAUCCAAACCGGCUUCAUUCGAGGAUCGGCUGGUCAUGAUGAACCUCUUCGCACAGGAACUCCGAACUCAUCUCCAAUCAUCCUUGCCAUCCAUCCCCGCCGCGGAUUUACCGGAGGUCGAUAUCGGGGUGACUAAAAAGCCGUAUUUUGUAGACAAGGCAGCUGCGAUAGAACAAUCUGGGGAGUACCCUGAGAAUCUGGAACAGGUCCAUUUGACGGGAUACGAUACUUUGAUCCGUAUCUUGAAUCCCAAAUACUAUCCACCUACACAUACUUUACAACCACUAGAGCCGUUUUUGUCGCGGCAUAGGUUGAGGGUUACGACGCGGCCGGAUGAUGAAUGGGGGGAUCGUAAGGAGCAGGAAGAGUAUUUGCGGCAUCUUGCUCAAGGCGGGCGAGAGCGAGAAGGCGGGAAAAGGGAAUGGGCGGAACGGAUUCAGUUGGUCCCUGGUCGAAAGAUCGGCGAGGUUCCCGUCAGCUCUACGAAAGCUCGGAAUGCUGCUCAGAAUAAAGAUGCGCUGCUUCAUUCUUUGGUGCCAGCCGCUGAUUUAUAUCAGGCCGAAUGA